GUUUGCUAAAGAAGAGAUAUGGAGCUUGUUUUUAAGAGAGGCAAGGGUUCAAUUAUUGUUAUCAAUGUCCGUGGUAUACUGUACAUGUACUGCACAGGCCUAGAUUUUGCUCUAUCUUGUGUGUACCUGUCCUCGUAUCGAGGUCAUCUUGAUUCUCCAUUCUUUAUCAGAUAGUUUUAAAACUUCUUGGAAGAUUCGCAAGGGUAUGUCAACCUUGAUGCAAUAAAACGUCGAGUUACAAUGACACCUGGGGGUGCUGGAAAGCAGAUUGGGUUUUAAAAAAGGGGGUUUAAAAGCGCACAGAUUGUUUGAUCUUUCGAAACUGAAUAGCUCGUUCCCAGGCCUGGUUAUGAACAGAUGGAGCAACGAGACCUUUGGUUCCUCGUCUUGGUCAUAUUUACCUUCCUGAUGGCUUGUGUGGUGACCAUACUUAGGAACUCGUCACCAAACUCCAGGUGGGCGUUGUUGUCGCUCACGUGAUUCAAAAUGUCCGCCAUCGGCACCAUCGCAGGCUUCGCGUCGACGUCAUCGCUGUCGGUAAAACUGUACGCCAUAACAAACCCAGCAAGACGCUUGUAAAGAUCCAAGGGUUUGAAGGGACAUUUUGGAAGUCAUUAUAGCUUUGGAAAAGAAGGCCACGGGGUGAUUUAUGAAUCCUGGUUUGGUAAAGUGCAGGGAAAAGCAAGGAAUGGAAUCGCAUUUGCUAAGGAAUUCUUCAAUACCCGAACAUUGAUUAAAACCCGAGGGUUUUUUUCGCAUUGGAAGAAUAUUUAGCCAACUUUUCAACGUUCCUAGAGGCGAAUUUGGCAGAUUUAAAAAGGUCUUUUGAAGUUGGAAAAUCUUGCCUUGGAAAUGAAAUUUCACUGGAGCUUCAACCAAGCAUUUUGUUCGUUACUUGGUUUUUCCAGCCCGAACGAAAUAUAAAUAGGAUUUUAUUCCGUACAGAUAAUAAAAUAGAGAAGUAUAUAUCGUAAAUAGCGUCAAAAAUAGCGUUUUGGUUGGAGGAGAAAGAAACAGCCAUUGAAGGAGACCACUUGUAUUUUGUCGAAGUGGAAGCACAUCCGCCAUGUUGUUCCAGAGGUAGAAAUGGUCUUCAAUUUUUCUUUAAGAAAACGAAGAAUUUUGAAGUUUUCCGUCUUAAUUUGUGCAGUUUUUAUCGUCUCUAGAGUACUUUUUGGAUCUGAACCGCCGAACGAGGAGCCUCAAUUGCCAAUAUUUGUUGCACAGCGUGGGAAUGAGCGUUAUUUCAAAGGUAAGACACGACUCAGUUCAGAGACAUACUUCAGACAAACUUUGCAAUGGGAGAAGCAGAAACGCGCUGUUUCUACAGCAAAUGAGGUGACGUACGGCAAAUUAAACGUUCAUAUUUGGGGAGAAAUUUGCGGAAAUGAUUUGAACAGCUUAAAGAAUCAUGUUUUAUUUCCAAAGUUUCCAUCAAGAAGACUUUACACAAAGACAACUCGUUUUCAACAUGGUACAGGCAAUUAUGAUUAUGGAGAAAGAAUAUUUGGGUUCUUGCUCCCAAAAUCAACUGGGCUUCACAGAUUUCAGAUACUGGGUAGACCUGUCGAGAUUUGGCUCGGCGUAAACUCAGAUCCCUCUUCGGCGAAACUGGUGUAUCAAAAGUCACACUAUGGUGACUCGGUUGGGAACUUUGAAUUGGAAUUAGUCUCCAAUAAUAAAUAUUACAUAGAGAUACUGCAUAAGAAAGGCAGUGAAGAUGAAGACUUUGAGAUAACAUGGAUGGUCCCAGGUAGUUCAAAAUUUGUGGAGGUCGCUGGUUCCGAAGUAUCUGUGAAGGUGUUGGACCAUUAUUUGAGAAAUGGUGAAGUUGAUAGCUCCGAGCCUAGUUUGGAAAUCCCAAUCGUUCAUAAAAAAAAGAUGUUUCCAAUACUAGAAGAUAACGAGCAACAGCGAAAUGAUCUGUUUCUUUUGCCUCUGAUUGACCACAAUGUUGUUAAGAAUGUUUUAACGAGUUGUGAUUACAAACCUAGCUACAUAGUUGAUCGUAAGUUGACCAAUUAUAAAGGUGUCUGGGAGACUCAUUAUAAUUCGUUAUAUCCGGAAGACAAGACCAAUGUGACACGUGGUGGUUGGGUGUGUCUGGGUAACGAUGUUCUUAAUGCUGACGAGGCUGUACAAAUUGCGAAAGAUUACAUGACAUCAUUAGAUGAGAAGCGCAACAGUCGAUACAAACUAAAGCAGAUUCUCAGUGUGGAGAAGAAUCAUGACCUUUUGAGAGGAAGCCGUUAUCUUUUGGAACUGGAGGUAAUAGACAUAACUACGGAUACAGCACACAGACUCUCGGAGUAUGUGUACGAGCCUCUAGGUCAGGACAGACUGUGCUCCCCACGAGAUUAUCAGUGGAGCCGUAAUGCCACCGUCAAUAUUAUCCUGACGGUCGGUGGUCGGCAAGGCAGAUGGGUCCAACAUUUUAUCAACAAUCUUGCGGAAAUAUUUGAUCAAACAAAAGAUCAGAACCUCAAUGUUAUUAUUAUGGAUUUUCAUAGUAAAGAUAUAAACAUUGAGGAGGCUCUCAAACGGAGCAAAUUGCCUCGUUAUAUAUUGCUACAUAUGAAAUCAAAGUUUCACAAGACAAUUGGACUUCAGUACGCAAUGGAUGUUGUCACCGAUCCAAAUGAUAUUGUAUUUAUAUGUGAUCUGCACCUGUAUCUUCCAGUUCCAAUUGUUGAUCACAUCAGAAAGCAUUGUAUUCAAGGAAAAACUGCUUUCAAUCCUUUACUGGUUCGUCUUGACUGCGGAUAUACGGGAAGCAACCCCAAUGGACGCUGGGAACAUGAUGGUUUUGGACCAAUAGCAACAUACAAAUCUGAUUGGAUCAGGUUUGGAGGUAUGAACGUUGAGAGAUUCAAGCAUACCUGGGGUGGCGAGGAUUGGGAUUUGGUUGACCGGAUAUUAUCAGAGGGUUUGGAAAUUGAAAGAUUGAAGAUUUUAAAUUUCCUUCAUUUCUAUCACACAAAGAAAGGAAUGUGGAAGGAGUCUGAGAAAUAAUUAUGACAUAGUGCUUUUAAAAUUAAA